AUGGAAAGGAGAAAGAGAGUACGAAGUACCGGUGUUAUCAAUCAUGAUGAUACAAAACGACAAAAGAGAAAAAUAAAAACAUCUAUCAAUCGUUCAUCAAAACAAAAUUUCACACGAUUUGAAGAUUUAUCAAACGAAAUUAUUUAUGAAAUAUUUGAAUUUCUUGAUGCUUUUCAUUCAUAUCAAGCGUUCAACAAUCUUAAUAUACGAUUUCGAAACUUUGUUACUUAUUCAAAUCUUCCAUUGAAAAUAAAUAUUUCAUCUAUUACAAGAAUAAACUUUCGAGAUUAUUACACAAAUUUUAUUAUUCCAUCACAGGAUCGAAUAACUUCACUAUACAUAACCAAUCGAUUUAGUUAUGAUCUUGAUAUUUCACUACAUCGUAUUUUAACAAAAUUUAUUCGAUUAGAAACACUUAUUCUUGAAAACAUCGAUGCUAACUAUAUAGACAAUAUUCUUAAUGACAUUAUUUCUCUCUCAAAUCUUUCUUCAUUAGUCAUCAUUACUUCUGAUGAUGUUAAAGAUAUUAAGCAUCAUCUUCUACAAAUAUUUCGUCUACCAUCCUUGAAAUAUUGUAAAUUAUCUCUACACAAUUCUUCUUAUUAUAGUAGUAAACAAUUACCUUUGGCUACCAAUCAAAACAGUCCUAUUCAACAACUUGUUAUUAAACAUAAAAUAUUUACCAAUGAAAUACACACAUUAUUAUCAUAUGUUCCACAACUUCGUUAUUUAUCCCUUGAUAAUCUUCAUAAAUCUAAUUCGGAUAAAUGGGAAGGAGCAAUUUCAUCACCUCAUAAUUUAACACAUUUAUAUGUCAAAUUAAAUAUUAUUUGUUUCGAUGAUUUUGAAAUAUUUAUUAAAACUUUGUUUAAUUCAAUUGUAGUUUUACAUUUUUCUGCAACAAAUACGGAUGAGUAUUUCAAUGCUAAACGAUGGGAACAAUUAAUAUUAUUUUCAAUGCCAUGUUUACGUAUUUUUAAUAUUUACAUUUCUGCACGAAAUAAUCAAUCAGAAUUCGAUGAAUUUAAAUCUCUAUUCUGGUUACAACGAGAAUGGUUUUUUGAUUCCAGCAGUAGCGGUUAUUAUUAUGGAACUACUUUUUAUUCAACAAGUCCUUAUAGACGAAAAGAAUUCAGAUUACAAUAUAGCACGAAUAAACAAACGGAUUUCGAUGUUAAGAUGAAAAAGAAUGAAAAUGCGGUUCAUCAUGUUCGUAUUUUGAAUAAAGAGACAAUGGACAAUUGUAUUUAUUAUUUUCCAAAUGCAAAUGAACUCAGUGUUGAUAAUUUUUAUGGACACAAUUCAAAUGGGAUGAUCGAUAAUUUAGAUCAUAUAAUUUCACUGAAAAAUCUUACCAAAUUAAAUAUUCUUCUUUAUCCUUAUUCAUUCGGAAGAUUGAUUCAAUUAUUAUUAACGACAGUGAAUCUUGUUACAUUACAACUUCCAAGAAUAUUUAUACAUUCGAAUGAUUACCAAGCAAUUCAGCUAAGUGAAACUUUUCGAUUAGUUUCAAAUAGAAACAUUAUUAGAAAUUUGAUACUUGAAUCUGCUAACGAUAUGGAUGAAGUCGAAUUAUUACUGAAUUUAUGUCCUCGAAUUCAAUGUUUCGAAAUCAACAAAUGUUAUAGACAUGCUGCAAGUAUAGUAAGACUAUUGACAUGGAAAUCUCAUACCAAUAAUCCAUAUUUAAUAUCAAUCUCCAUAAUAGUUCAUAAUGAUAUAAACUAUUUAGAACGAUUGAAGAAAUUAAGUCAUCAAGGAAACUUAUUCAAUCAAUUCGCUGUAAAAGUUCAAUCUAAUCGUGUAGAUCUGUGGCGUUGA